GUGUUUCUCUUUGUCGCGCAGCUGUCUCCAGUGCAUCGGGGACCGAAGCAUUUUUUCUGUUUGCUGACGCUGUCGGUCACGGUUUGGAAUCAUUCACGUUUAAGGAGUCGCCGCCACUGCCUUCAACAUGUCGGUCCCAAGCGCACUCAUGAAACAACCACCUAUUCAGUCGACGGCGGGGGCCGUCCCAGUCCGCAAUGAGAAAGGUGAGAUUUCCAUGGAAAAGGUGAAGGUGAAACGCUAUGUGUCAGGAAAGAGGCCAGACUAUGCUCCUAUGGAGUCAUCGGAUGAGGAGGAUGAAGAAUUUCAGUUCAUCAAGAAAGCCAAGGAACAAGAGGCAGAGCCUGAAGAACAGGAAGAAGAUUCCUCCAGCGAUCCUCGUCUGAGGCGCUUGCAGAACCGUAUCAGUGAAGAUGUAGAAGAAAGAUUGGCUCGACAUCGGAAAAUAGUGGAGCCUGAAGUGGUAGGAGAAAGUGACUCGGAAGUAGAAGGAGAUGCUUGGCGAGUGGAUCGAGAAGACAGCAGUGAAGAAGAGGAGGAAGAAAUUGAUGAUGAGGAAAUAGAACGGCGCCGAGGGAUGAUGCGUCAACGAGCACAGGAGAGGAAAAAUGAAGAGAUGGAAGUCAUGGAGGUGGAGGACGAGGGACGCUCUGGGGAGGAGUCCGAAUCAGAGUCCGAGUAUGAGGAGUACACAGACAGUGAAGAUGAGAUGGAGCCCCGCCUUAAGCCAGUCUUCAUCCGAAAGAAGGAUCGAGUGACUGUUCAGGAGCGUGAGGCUGAAGCAUUGAAACAGAAGGAGCUGGAGCAGGAGGCAAAGCGCAUGGCUGAGGAGAGACGCAAGUACACGCUCAAGAUAGUAGAAGAAGAGACUAAGAAGGAGCUGGAAGAGAAUAAGCGGUCCCUGGCUGCCCUGGACGCACUCAAUACUGAUGAUGAAAACGAUGAGGAGGAAUAUGAGGCAUGGAAAGUUCGGGAGUUAAAGAGGAUUAAGAGGGACAGAGAGGAUCGUGAAGCGCUCGAGAAAGAAAAAGCAGAAAUUGAACGCAUGCGGAACCUGACUGAAGAAGAGAGGAGAGCUGAGCUGCGGGCAAACGGCAAAGUCAUCACCAACAAAGCUGUCAAGGGCAAAUACAAGUUCCUCCAGAAAUAUUAUCACAGGGGUGCCUUCUUCAUGGAUGAGGAUGAAGAAGUAUACAAGAGGGAUUUCAGUGCACCUACUCUAGAAGAUCAUUUCAAUAAAACCAUUCUUCCCAAAGUCAUGCAGGUUAAGAACUUUGGACGCUCAGGCCGUACCAAAUACACCCACCUUGUGGAUCAAGACACCACCUCCUUCGACUCAGCUUGGGGUCAAGAGAGUGCCCAGAACACAAAGUUCUUUAAACAAAAAGCAGCUGGAGUCCGAGAUGUAUUUGAGCGGCCAUCUGCCAAGAAGCGGAAAACUACCUAAAGUCCAGCUGUUUAGUCUACCAAUUGGAGGACACACGGGGAAAUCACAGCACUUGGGCCUUGGGUUGAUGGUAUUUAUAUGGUAUCCAAACUAUCGCCAUAUGUGGGACACUGAGCAGCCCACCAUUGAAGGUGCUUUGUGAGGUUUGGACUCAUGUAGAGAAACCUACAGAAAAGCAAUGUCCAGGUAGGAUUAAAUACCACCCACGGAAAACUUGUGGGAAAAUUUAGAUUUCCUCACUGCUGAGACUUCCCAUAAUCACAUGAGAUUGUUCGUUUGUUUUUGUUUUUCCAGAACCUGAACUUGAGUCAGAAAUAUGGGUACAUAAAUGGACAAUUACUACUUCUGCCUUAGGGCUAGAGUUAACAUACCAGGAAAUUUAAGCUCAGUGGAAACCUGUUUAGCAUUUCAUGGUUGGAAUAAAUUUUUAUAGAUGAAA